GAGAGAUCUCUUAACAAGAUAAUUGUUUAUUUUUAUCGUUAACUAGUACACGAAAACAUUGUCACAUACAAGUUUAACGGGUCCUCGCGGGGAAUGGGAAUGUGGAUAGCUUCUCUGUCUCCACCCGUCGGAGGAAGAGUUUUCCCCGUUUAUAUUCCCGUGAGAAAUAAACUUCCCUAUUCUUAUCCCUAAGAGCAUGUUCGGUUGUAAGAGGACCGAAGGAUUAAAGAAGAUUAAAUCCUCUACAAUUCAAUUUUAAAUAUGAAUAGAUUUAAUCUCUUAAAUUUUUUCUAACCGAACAAGCUUUAAUAGAGGAAUUUUCGAUGAAUAACGGAUCUAUAUUGUCAUCCCUAGCUAUAAAUGAAACCGUAGUAACCCGUAGGGCACUUUGCUAUUAGCUAUACAUAAGGUACUACAUGCGCUCAACAACCCAACGAAUUUUUUUUCCCUUCUCCAUCGAAAAGAUAAAAUAAAUUCAGACCCUUUUUCCUAUAAUAAUAAAUAUACAUGGAGGCGGCGCCGACGGAGUAGCUGCAGUGGUGUGGUGUCGGACAGUGAAAGGAGCACAAGACAACACUCAGGCACUCAGCUGAUUGAUGAGCUAGCAUUGUAUAUACAGUACAGGUAGAGGCGUAUAGCGAGCGAGCGAGCGAGCAAGCGCGCGCGCACACAGAGAGAGAGAGAGAGAGAGAGAGAGAGACAAGACAACAGCAACAGAUAGACCGGGCCAAGUUCGUGAGUCCAUCGUGUACAUACGGCCGAGUGGCGACGCCGUCGUCUUCACCACGCACGCCGCGCCUCUUCCAUAGUCUCGCUCGCCUCCAUUAAUUCCAAUCCUCUCUCCUCCGCUAGCGCUCCACCAGCACGCACCGGCAGAUGAAGAACAUGGCGUCUACGACGGUACGGUGAUCACCUUCAUCAUCACAUCACUCGUUCAUCGCCCGCCGGCCCGCCGGUUGUUGGUAGGCCAGGGUCAGCCACUCAGCCGAGCCAGCCAUGAAGCUCGUCGUCGAGAUCUCCGACGCAGCCGACCUCGCCCCCAAGGACGGCACCGCCUCCUGCAACCCCUACGUAGAGGUGGACUUCGACGACCAGCGCCAGCGCACCGCCACCAAGCCCGCCGACCGCUCCCCGUACUGGAACCAGACGCUGGUCUUCGACGUCCGCGACCCCGCGCGCUUCCCUUCCCUCCCCAUCGACGUCUCCGUCUUCCACGACCGACGCCUCCAGGACCACAACGCCCUCCGCCCACAGACCUUCCUCGGCCGCGUCCGCAUCAACGGCGCCUCCGUCGCGCCGUCGCCACAGGAGGCGGUCCUGCAGAGGUACCCGCUCGAGAAACGGAGCUUCUUCUCACGCGUCUCGGGCGACAUCGCGAUCAGGAUCUACCUCGUCGGAGAUGAUGUCAAUAAUGAAAGCGUACAGGUUCCUGCUCCUCCCAACCACCACCACCACCCGCAGCAGCAGCAGCAGCAGCAGGAGUCGGUCGCGGCUGCUGCCGCCACCGGAGAUCCCGAAAGGAUGGUCAGGUCCGCCUUCGCACCACAGCAGCCGUCGGCGGUUGAGCAGCCAGCGGCAGCUGGGAACGGCGGGGAUGAGCACGAGGCACGCCCUCCUCGCAUCUUCCGCUCCGUGCCAGCAGCCGAGCCCCGCCGCGCGACGCUCCACGCUGUGGCCGCGCCUCCUCCCCCGCCCGGCCAGACGGUCGUCAUGCCCAAACCCGCUGCCUCCGCCCCUCCCGGCCCCGCCUUCGGCCUGGUCGAGACCAAGCCGCCUCUGCCGGCCAAGAUGGGCCCGCGCGCGGCCGCCGCCGCCGCCGCCAAGAUCGCGUCCACGUACGACAUGGUGGAGCCGAUGACGUACCUGUACGUGAGCGUGGUGAAGGCGCGCGACCUCCCCAACAUGGACGUGACCGGCGCGCUGGACCCCUACGUGGAGGUGAAGCUGGGCAACUUCAAGGGCGUGACCAAGCACCUGGACAAGAAUCCCAACCCGGUGUGGCGCCAGACCUUCGCCUUCUCCCGGGAGCACCUGCAGUCCAACCUGCUGGAGGUGGCCAUCAAGGACAAGGACAUGAUCAAGGACGACUUCGUCGGCCGCGUCCUCUUCGACAUGACCGACAUCCCGCAGCGCGUGCCCCCCGACAGCCCGCUCGCGCCGCAGUGGUACCGCCUCGCCGACCGCUCCGGCGAGAAGCUGCGGCACGGCGAGAUCAUGCUGGCGGUGUGGAUCGGCACGCAGGCCGACGAGGCGUUCCCGGAAGCCUGGCACUCGGACGCGCACUCGCUGCCCUUCGAGGGCCUCUCCAACACCAGGUCCAAGGUCUACUACUCGCCCAAGCUCGCCUACCUCAAGGUGGUGGCCAUCGCGGCGCAGGACGUGGUCCCCGCCGGCUCAGAGAAGGGCCGCCCGCUGGCGCCCGUCAUCGCCAAGAUCCAGCUCGGCUGGCAGGUCCGCCGGACGCGUCCGGGGCAGCCGCAGGGCUCCGCCAACCCCGUGUGGAACGAGGAGUUCAUGUUCGUGGCGGCAGAUCCGUUCGACGAGCCGCUCGUGGUGACGGUGGAGGAGCGCGUGGCGGCGGGGCGCGACGAGCCCGUGGGCCGGGUGAUCAUCCCCGUCCAGUUGCCGUCGUACGUGCCCCGCAACGACGUGGCCAAGUCGGUGGAGGCCAAGUGGUUCAACCUGUCCCGCGCGCUGACGGCGGACGAGGCCGCGGCGGGCGUGACCGCCGCCAAGGCGCUGUCGGAGAAGACAACCUUCUCCAGCAAGAUCCACCUGCGGCUGAGCCUGGAGACGGCGUACCACGUGCUGGACGAGUCGACGCACUACAGCAGCGACCUGCAGCCGUCGGCCAAGAAGCUGCGCAAGUCCCCUAUCGGCAUCCUGGAGUUGGGCAUCCUGAGCGCGCGGAACCUGGUGCCCAUGAAGGCCAAGGAAGGGCGGCUGACGGACCCCUACUGCGUGGCCAAGUACGGGUCCAAGUGGGUGCGCACCAGGACGCUGCUCAACACGCUGGCGCCGCAGUGGAACGAGCAGUACACCUGGGAGGUGUUCGACCCCUGCACCAUCGUCACCGUCGCCGUGUUCGACAACGGGUACGUCCUCGGCGGCGGCGAGGGCAGCAAGGACCAGAGGAUCGGCAAGGUGCGCGUGCGGCUAUCGACGCUGGAGAUCGACCGCGUGUACACCCACUUCUACCCGCUGAUGACGCUGACGCCCGGCGGGCUGAAGAAGACCGGCGAGCUGCACCUGGCGGUGCGGUUCACCUGCACGGCGUGGGCCAACAUGCUGGGCAUGUACGGCAAGCCGCUGCUGCCGAAGAUGCACUACAGCCACCCCAUCUCCGUGCUGCAGCUGGACUACCUCCGGUUCCAGGCGAUGCAGAUGGUGGCGGCGCGGCUGGGGCGCGCUGAGCCGCCGCUGCGGCGGGAGGUGGUGGAGUACAUGCUGGACGUGGACUCGCACAUGUUCAGCCUGCGGCGGAGCAAGGCCAACUUCUACCGGAUCACCUCCCUCUUCUCGGGCGCCGUGGCGGUGGCGAAGUGGAUGGAGGGCAUCUGCAAGUGGAAGAACCCGCUGACGACGGUGCUGGUGCACGUGCUGUUCCUGAUCCUGGUGUGCUACCCGGAGCUGAUCCUGCCCACCGUGUUCCUGUACUUGUUCAUGAUCGGGAUGUGGAACUACCGGCGGCGGCCGCGGAAGCCGCCGCACAUGGACACGGUGCUGUCGCACGCGGAGUCCGGGCUGGUGCACCCGGACGAGCUGGACGAGGAGUUCGACACGUUCCCGACGAGCAAGCCCGGGGACGUGGUGCGGAUGCGCUACGACCGGCUGCGCAGCGUGGCCGGGCGCGUGCAGACGGUGGUGGGCGACCUGGCCACGCAGGGGGAGAGAGCGCAGGCGCUGCUGAGCUGGAGGGACCCGAGGGCGACGGCCAUCUUCAUCAUGCUGUCGCUGGUGGUGGCCGUGGUGCUGUACGUGACGCCCUUCCAGGUGGUGGCCGUGGUGCUGGGGCUGUACCUGCUGCGCCAUCCGCGCUUCCGGAGCAAGCAGCCGUCGGUGCCAUUCAACUUCUACAAGAGGCUUCCGGCCAAGUCCGACAUGCUGCUCUAGCUGCGCUGCGCUGCGCUGCUCUCUGCCCUGCCUGUUGGAAUUGGAACACCAAGCAUGUUCCUUAGUUUCUUUUAAUUUGCUCCCAAUUAAUUAAAUUAUAUAUUACCACGCACGAAUCUCAGAUAAAUAAAUGUAAAUCCCUACCAGUACUACUCCUACAUAGGAGUUGAGUUGGAUCAGCAGAUACCUUACCUAGCUACCUUUUUGUGUGUCAGAAGAGAAGAGAAGAGUACAGUGGUACAGUACUACUACUCUGAAUAAUAUGAGGAACAGAAUUUUCAUUCAGAAGCUUCCUUCUCUUGCUG